UUAGUUCGAGGCAUCGCCCCUUCCCCAGUUUCCCUCUCGCUGACGACCUCCAACUACUACUACGCCACCAUCGUCAUCGUUGCCCUAAUGUACCGCCACCAAACCCUACCUCUCUCUCACACCCCUCAUGGCGACGCGCCGAGCGAGGGGUCUUCUUUUCUCCCGCGUCGCCACCGCCAACGACACGCCGCUGACCGCAGUCGCCGGACGGAGGAACCCCAGCUCCAUCAGGGAGUGGAUGGUCAUCUCCGCCUCGGGAUGCUCGUAUCAGGAGGAGGCCGGAAAGCUCUCGAUCAUGCACCGCACGGGGAUCCCCGCGCGGGAUCUGAGGGUCUUGGACACGUUGCUGUCCUACCCCUCCACUAUACUCGGACGGGAGCGGGCCAUUGUGAUCAGUCUUGAGCAUAUCCGAGCGAUCAUUACAGCCACGGAGGUUCUCGUCCCCAAUUCCAAGGAUCCCUUAGUCGCCCCCUUUGUCCGAGAUCUCCAAUCUAGGAUUUUCACGUCGGCUAGUCCUCCUCAACUGGAUGUUGGCAUCUCAAGGUCUCCUUCAUAUCUGGAUACUGAUGGGUUGCAAAUGGAGAUUGCAAGGGAUGCUUCAAAAGGUUGUGUGACAUUGCAAAGGCUCAUGGCGAAUGAUGAUAUGAAAGAGAGCAGCCCUCAAUGCAAUAUGGAUGAAGCGAGAUAUUUAGGGACAAAAAUUUUGCCUUUUGAGUUCAGAGCACUCGAAGUAUGUCUUGUAUCUGCAUGCGAGUUUCUUGAAUUAGAGACUACUGAACUGGAGAAAGAGGCAUAUCCUGCUUCAGAUGAGCUGACUUCUAAACUAAGCACAUUGAACCUUGAGCGAGUCAGACAGAUAAAGAGUUGUUUAGUUGCACUAUCUGGACGUGUGCAGAAGGUAAGGGAUGAAAUUGAAUGCUUAUUGGACAAUGAGAUGGACAUUGCCGGAAUGUACUUGACAGAGAAGCUUCUCCAUCGGCCAGUUGGAGCAUCAGCAAGAUUCGGAAUGUGCAAUAACGUUGAACUGGAUGAUGAAAGAAAUGAACUCGAAUCUAAUGCUGGAAGCAGUAAUGGUGGUAUAGUAGGUUUCAAUCCUGACAUCCAUGAACUCGAAAUGCUUUUAGAGGCUUACUUUGUUCAGAUUGAUGGGACUCUACGUAAACUAUCCACGCUAAAGGAAUACAUGGAUGAUACGGAGGAUUACAUCAAAAUCAUGCUUGAUGACAAGCAGAACCAGCUGCUUCAGAUGGGAGUUAUGCUGACCACUGCAACCGUCGUGACAACUGCAGCCAUCGUUGUGACUGCUGUAUUCGGAAUGAAUAUACAUAUACCGCUCUACAAGUCUUCUCCCAUCAAAUUUUGGCAAACGCUGGGGAGUCUAAUAGGAGGUGGAGUAGUUUUGUAUAUAUUCUUCUUCUGGAGGGGAACCCAGAGUGGACUACUGCAGUGAUCACAAACACAAGCAAAUGCCCUUCCAUUAAUCUGGUCAGGCGAUUGCAAUUACUUCAGUGUUUCUAUGGGUAUUCAUAAUAAUCACGGGAUAUCAAACAUUGCCUUUAGCAUUUAGUGAUUGCCAUUGUUGAUGAAGCAUGAUAUAUGGCGUUAUGCUGUUUACUUGAUUGUAAUACUA